AUGUCAACCUUUCAGGGUGAAUGCCAAGCUCUUAAGAGCUUACCGAGAGAUGCCUAUCCUGCGACAGGAUCCGGUACACCUUUCAAGGUUUGCCCGAUUCCCCAACACCAAGUGAGGAGGGCGAGGACGGGGGCCCACCAAAGGAAGAGGGCCCUCAUAAUGGGCAUGACGGCGAGACGAAUCAUAAAUACCCGCCACUCACUAAUAGGACUUCUAUCAGACUACUCGAGCUCCACCCUGGCGCUCGCCGGGACAAGAUCGUCUGCUCCCUUGAGCGAAUGUUCCCUCGACGAUUGCCGCGGGUCAUACGAAGCAUUGAGCUAUGUUUGGGGUAGCGAGGCCAAGACGACCGCGGUCUACAUUGGGACCAGCACCCUCAUGGUCACGGAAAACCUGGGCGCGGCUCUUCGUGACCUACGCAAGGCGGAUCAGCCACGGACGCUCUGGGCCGACGCCAUUUGCAUCAACCAAGCGGUCGAAGCCGAUGAGUCAAAGGAGAAAAAUCACCAAAUUGGUAUGAUGGAUGAAAUCUACCGAUCAGCUUACCGCACCAUGAUUUGGCUGGGGCCUGGUGUCAAGGGCGAUACCGACAAGGCGUAUGAUAUGCUGGAAGAGCUGGCCGCCGAGACGAUAUCUCGGGAGCACUCGACCAAUGUGAGCUCCAUUCUCUCAGGCAAUCUCACAAUAUCUUUGUUGGACAGGAAGCUUGUGGAAAGCCCACUAUAUGAGCGCUACGAAGAUCAAACUGCCAUCGUUCACCUCGCCGAGUCCGCGUGGUGGUCCAGGGCCUGGACGGUCCAGGAGAUUCUUCUAGCAUCUCAGGCCGUGGUUGUGACUGGGUCACGGUCCAUGGAGUGGCGGCGCUUAUGCAAGGGUGUCGACUACGGCUUCGCUAUUGGAAUAUGGUUGACCUUGAUCAUCGGUCAGAUCGUCGACCCAACCGUCAUGCCAUACCUCUCCAUGCGUGCCUUGACGCAGGUUCGGAAACACCCAUCCGACGCGCUAUCCAUGCAAGCCUCCAACGUUCCGGUGCCAACGCAGGACAUGCUGAGGAUGUCGAUCCACUGUCGCUUCCGCAAGUCCACGAACCCGCGUGACAAGGUGUACGCCCCCCUCAGGCUGGUUACCGACGAGAGCCACACCGUGUAUCCCCUCGGUUUCGAGCCCGACUACACCGCACCAACAAGUGUCGUCUAUACGGACGCCGCCAAAAACGUACUCCUACGCUCCAACAACCUCGACCUCUUUGGCGCCUGCACCCCAAGCACCAUGGACGGCCUCCCCUCCUGGGCCUCCGACUGGAGCAUCACCACCCUGGUCCCGCGCCCCCUAAUGGACGACGCCUUCGGCAGCCCGCGCCAAACCCACGCCACAGCUGGCACCCACCCCUCCCCCCAGUUCCUCCCGAACCCCAACCUCCUCCAACCCCCCACCCUCCUCCUAACCAGCCACGCCCUCACAACUAUCACCGCGCUCACCCCAACCCUGCACCGGCUCCAAAUCAACCUCGACGCCUUCGCCAACCCCGCCAAACGCCAACCCCCUGACACGCUCUUCCAGCGGCUCGCCCGCCUCGGGCACGCCUUCUCCAGCCUGGCCGAGCUAUACGCGCAGCUCAGCGCCGUCGUCCCGCAGAUCGGCAUCCUGGCCGAGUGGGAGGCGUUUGCGAGGGCGGAGCGGCCGACGAAUCCGGUGCCGCUGACGCCGACGCCGACGCCGACGCCGACGACAACUCCGGCGGGGAAGGGGCUGGGGAAAGGGGUGGGGAUGGGGGUGGAAAUGGGGUAUGAUCCGCUGGCGGUGUAUCGGCGGACGUUGUGCGCUGGUGCGCGGGUGGCGGUGCCUGAGGGGGGGAGGGGGAGGGGGAGGAGGAGACGGCGAGGUUAUUUUAUAAGUGGCGGGCGAAUAUGCGGCCGCUGGCUAGGUUUCAUGAGUGUUCCAGAGCUGGCCUAUUAUCAUGUACAUGUGCCUAGUGUGGAGAUUGCGGCUACGCGCGCGUAG